AUGGCAGAGGUAGAGCAGAUAAAGAAGUGGACGUUCAGCAAGUUCACCUACCAUGGCGUGGACCUGGGCCAGCUGCUGGACUUGUCCUACGAGCAGCUAAUGAGGCCGUACAUUGCGAGCCAGCUGCGGCGGCUGAACCCCAGCGUGAAGCGGAAACUGCGCUCGCUCCUGAAGCGCCUGCGCAAGGCCAAGAAGGAGGCACCGCCCGUGCAGAAGCCGGAAGUGGUGAAGACACACCUGCAGGACAUGAUCAUCCUGCUGGAGAUGGUGGGCGUCUACAACAGCAAGACCUUCAACCAGGUGGAGAUCAAGCCAGAGAUGACCAACCACUAUCUGGGCGAGCUCUCCACCACCUAUAAGCCCAUGAAGCACGGCCCGCCAGGCAUCGGAGCCACCUAUUUCUGCUUCACCCCCCUCAAGUAG